AUGGAUACAUUUUCUUUCAAGGCUUUCCAAGCUAUUAGUGAAAUAGACCCUACUGAGUUAUUUUUCUAAAGAAUGUAUAGAGUUUGUUUCAAAUUCAUUACUCCAACAACUCAGUAAAUAGAUUCAGAUAUUUAAAAGUAAUUAGAAAACUGCUACUUAAGAUAUUAUAAAACAUAUAAAAUUGUUUGCGAAGAAGCCCAUAAAUAUGAAGAUGACUUCGAUUAUGGAGACGAUGAUGAUGAGGAUGAUGAUAACGAGUAAUACGAAGAAGAUGACUAUUAUGAUUGA